GGGCCGCGCCCGGCCCGGCCAUGUGGACCCCCACGGAGGAGGAGAAAUACGGCGUAGUGAUAUGCAGUUUUCGAGGAUCUGUGCCUCAAGGGUUGGUCUUAGAAAUAGGAGAAACAGUCCAGAUUCUGGAAAAAUGUGAAGGUUGGUACAGAGGAGUUUCAACAAAGAAGCCAAAUGUAAAGGGGAUCUUUCCUGCAAAUUACAUUCACUUGAAAAAGGCAAUUGUUAGUAACAGGGGGCAGUAUGAAACUGUGGUCCCGCUUGAAGACUCUAUCGUGACUGAGGUGACAGCAACUCUGCAAGAAUGGGCCAGCCUGUGGAAACAGCUCUAUGUGAAACACAAAGUAGAUCUUUUCUACAAGCUACGCCAUGUGAUGAAUGAGCUUAUUGACCUGCGAAGGCAGCUCCUGUCUGGUCACCUGACUCAGGAUCAGGUGCGGGAGGUUAAGCGGCACAUCACCGUGCGCCUGGACUGGGGCAAUGAGCAUUUGGGACUGGACCUGGUACCUCGAAAGGACUUUGAAGUAGUGGAUUCGGACCAGAUUAGUGUCUCAGAUCUCUAUAAAAUGCAUUUAUCUAGCCGGCAGAGUGUACAGCAAAGCACAUCCCAGGUAGAUACAAUGCGCCCACGUCAUGGGGAAACCUGUCGGAUGCCAGUGCCACAUCACUUCUUCCUCAGCCUGAAGAGUUUCACCUACAACACCAUUGGGGAAGAUACUGAUGUCUUCUUUUCCUUAUAUGACAUGCGAGAAGGCAAGCAGAUCAGUGAGCGGUUUCUGGUGAGACUGAACAAGAAUGGUGGGCCAAGGAACCCAGAGAAGAUAGAACGAAUGUGUGCCCUUUUUACAGAUCUGAGCAGCAAAGAUAUGAAGAGAGAUUUGUAUAUAGUUGCCCAUGUGAUACGAAUAGGCCGGAUGCUUUUGAAUGACUCAAAGAAAGGCCCUGCCCACCUGCACUACCGGCGACCAUAUGGCUGUGCAGUCCUAAGCAUCCUGGAUGUCCUGCAGUCGCUCACAGAACUAAAGGAAGAAAAGGAUUUUGUUCUGAAGGUUUAUACGUGCAACAACGAGAGUGAGUGGUCCCAGAUCCAUGAGAACAUCAUCCGCAAGUCCAGCGCCAAGUACUCUGCCCCCAGCGCCAGCCAUGGUCUUAUCAUUUCUCUGCAGCUUCUUCGUGGAGACAUGGAACAGAUUAGGAGAGAAAACCCUAUGAUAUUUAAUAGGGGAUUGGCGAUUACAAGAAAAUUGGGAUUUCCUGAUGUCAUCAUGCCAGGUGAUAUCCGCAAUGACCUGUACCUAACCCUGGAGAAGGGGGAUUUUGAGAGAGGGGGAAAGAGUGUACAAAAGAAUAUUGAAGUGACCAUGUAUGUGCUUUAUGCAGAUGGAGAAAUCCUGAAGGAUUGCAUCAGCUUGGGCUCAGGAGAGCCAAACAGGAGUUCCUACCACUCCUUCGUCCUCUACCACAGCAAUAGUCCUCGCUGGGGGGAGAUUAUCAAACUGCCCAUCCCCAUUGACCGGUUCCGAGGUUCCCACCUGCGCUUCGAGUUCAGACAUUGUUCCACAAAGGACAAAGGAGAAAAGAAACUCUUUGGCUUUGCCUUCUCACCUCUGAUGCGGGACGAUGGCACCACUCUGUCAGACGAUAUCCACGAGCUCUACGUGUACAAGUGCGAUGAGAAUAGCACGUUUAACAACCACGCUCUGUACCUGGGCCUGCCCUGCUGCAAAGAGGACUACAAUGGCUGCCCCAACAUCCCCUCCAGCCUCAUCUUCCAGCGCAGCACCAAAGAGUCAUUCUUCAUCUCCACACAGCUCUCCUCCACCAAACUCACCCAGAACGUGGACCUCCUUGCUCUGCUGAAGUGGAAGGCCUUUCCAGACAGGAUCAUGGACAUCCUAGGGCGGCUGCGGCAUGUCAGCGGGGAGGAAAUUGUUAAGUUCCUGCAGGACAUCUUAGAUACACUCUUUGUGAUUUUGGAUGACAAUACAGAGAAAUACGGCCUGUUGGUGUUUCAGUCUUUGGUAUUCAUCAUCAACCUGCUCAGAGACAUCAAGUAUUUCCACUUCCGGCCUGUAAUGGACACAUACAUCCAGAAGCACUUCGCUGGAGCCCUGGCAUACAAGGAGCUCAUCCGCUGUUUGAAGUGGUACAUGGACUGCUCAGCAGAACUGAUUCGGCAGGACCACAUUCAGGAAGCCAUGCGGGCCUUGGAGUAUCUUUUCAAGUUCAUCGUGCAGUCAAGGAUCCUGUACUCACGAGCCACCUGUGGGAUGGAAGAGGAGCAAUUCCGGUCCAGCAUCCAAGAACUUUUCCAGUCCAUCCGAUUUGUGCUCAGUCUGGACAGCAGAAACUCAGAGACACUCCUAUUCACUCAGGCUGCACUCCUCAACUCCUUCCCAACCAUCUUUGACGAGCUGCUGCAAAUGUUCACCGUGCAGGAGGUGGCAGAAUUUGUGAGAGGGACUCUGGGGAGCAUGCCCAGCACUGUACACAUUGGGCAGUCGAUGGAUGUGGUGAAGCUGCAGUCCAUCGCCAGGACCGUGGACAGCCGCCUAUUUUCUUUCUCAGAGUCCCGCCGCAUCCUGCUUCCUGUGGUUCUCCAUCACAUCCACCUUCACCUGCGGCAGCAGAAAGAGCUGCUGAUCUGCUCAGGGAUUCUCGGCAGCAUCUUCUCCAUCGUCAAGACCAGCUCUCUGGAGGCAGAUGUCAUGGAGGAGGUAGAAAUGAUGGUGGAGAGCCUCCUGGAUGUGCUCUUGCAGACUCUUCUCACCAUCAUGAGCAAAUCGCACGCUCAGGAGGCGGUAAGAGGGCAGCGGUGCCCGCAGUGCACAGCCGAGAUCACUGGUGAGUAUGUGUCCUGCCUUCUCUCGCUGCUCCGCCAGAUGUGUGACACCCAUUACCAGCACCUCCUGGACAACUUCCAGAGCAAAGAUGAACUUAAGGAAUUCCUGCUAAAGAUUUUCUGUGUGUUCCGAAACCUGAUGAAGAUGAGUGUUUUUCCUCGGGACUGGAUGGUGAUGAGACUUCUCACAAGCAACAUUAUAGUCACCACUGUCCAGUACCUGUCUUCUGCACUGCACAAGAAUUUCACAGAGACAGACUUCGACUUCAAGGUGUGGAAUUCUUAUUUUAGCCUGGCAGUUCUGUUCAUAAAUCAGCCAAGCCUCCAGCUAGAAAUCAUCACUUCAGCCAAGAGGAAGAAGAUUCUAGAUAAGUAUGGGGACAUGCGUGUGAUGAUGGCUUAUGAACUGUUCAGCAUGUGGCAGAAUUUAGGUGAACAUAAGAUCCACUUUAUUCCGGGAAUGAUUGGUCCUUUUCUGGGUGUGACACUGGUCCCUCAGCCAGAAGUGCGGAAUAUCAUGAUUCCCAUCUUUCAUGACAUGAUGGACUGGGAGCAGAGGAAAAAUGGCAACUUCAAACAGGUGGAGGCCGAGCUGAUUGACAAACUGGACAGCAUGGUGUCAGAAGGGAAAGGCGACGAGAGCUACAGGGAGCUCUUCAGCCUGCUAACCCAGCUGUUUGGGCCCUACCCCAGCCUGCUGGAGAAGGUUGAACAGGAAACGUGGCGCGAGACCGGCAUUUCCUUUGUGACCUCAGUCACCCGCCUCAUGGAACGCCUUCUUGACUACAGGGACUGCAUGAAAGGAGAGGAGACGGAGAACAAGAAGAUCGGCUGCACCGCUAACCUGAUGAACUUUUACAAAUCGGAGAUUAACAAGGAAGAGAUGUAUAUUCGCUACAUCCAUAAGCUUUGUGACAUGCACUUGCAAGCCGAAAACUACACAGAGGCUGCAUUCACUCUGCUCCUCUACUGUGAGCUGCUGCAGUGGGAAGAGCGGCCCCUCCGGGAAUUCCUCCACUACCCGUCUCAGACAGAGUGGCAGCGGAAAGAGGGGCUGUGCCGCAAGGUCAUCCACUACUUCAACAAAGGCAAGAGCUGGGAGUUUGGGAUCCCGCUGUGCAGGGAGCUGGCCUGUCAAUAUGAAAGUCUCUACGAUUAUCAGAGCCUCAGCUGGAUUCGGAAAAUGGAAGCCAGCUACUAUGACAGCAUCAUGGAGCAGCAGCGCCUGGAGCCUGAGUUCUUCCGGGUCGGCUUCUAUGGCAGGAAGUUCCCUUUCUUCCUUCGGAACAAAGAAUAUGUGUGCCGUGGCCACGACUACGAGAGGCUGGAGGCCUUCCAGCAGAGGAUGCUCAGCGAGUUCCCACAGGCCGUCGCCAUGCAGCACCCCAACCACCCCGACGACGCCAUCUUGCAGUGUGAUGCCCAGUACCUGCAGAUCUAUGCGGUGACGCCCAUUCCAGACUAUGUGGAUGUCCUGCAGAUGGACAGGGUCCCGGAUCGCGUCAAGAGCUUCUACCGGGUCAACAAUGUGAGGAAGUUCCGGUAUGACAGGCCUUUUCACAAAGGCCCCAAGGACAAGGAGAAUGAAUUCAAGAGCCUAUGGAUCGAGCGCACCACGCUGACCCUGACCCACAGCUUGCCUGGCAUCUCUCGGUGGUUCGAAGUGGAGAGGAGGGAACUGGUGGAGGUGAGCCCUCUGGAGAAUGCCAUCCAGGUGGUGGAGAAUAAGAACCAGGAGCUCCGGGCCCUGAUCGGCCAGUAUCAACACAAGCAGGCACAUGGCAACGUCAGCCUGCUCAGCAUGUGCCUGAACGGCGUCAUUGACGCAGCGGUCAAUGGAGGCAUCGCGCGCUACCAGGAGGCCUUCUUUGAUAAAGAUUACAUCACCAAGCACCCAGGUGAUGCUGAGAAGAUCGCCCAGCUCAAGGACCUCAUGCAGGAGCAGGUCCAUGUCCUUGGAGUCGGGCUGGCAGUUCAUGAGAAGUUCGUGCACCCAGAAAUGCGCCCUCUACAUAAGAAGCUGAUCGAUCAGUUUCAGAUGAUGCGGGCCAGUCUCUACCAUGAGUUUCCAGGUUUGGACAAGCUAAGUCCUGCAUGUUCAGGCACCAGCACCCCCCGGGGAAAUGUCCUAGCAUCCCACAGCCCCAUGAGUCCCGAGAGCAUCAAGAUGACCCACCGGCACAGCCCCAUGAACUUGAUGGGCACAGGUCGCCAUUCAUCAUCCUCUCUCUCCUCACACGCGUCUAGUGAAGCGGGAAACGUGGUGAUGCUGGGUGACAGCGCCAUGGGCGAGGCCCCCGAGGACCUGUACCACCACAUGCAGCUCGCGUAUCCCAACCCCAGGUACCAGGGCUCAGUCACCAACGUCUCUGUUCUGUCCUCAUCCCAGGCAAGCCCUUCUUCCUCCAGCCUGAGUUCCACUCACUCAGCACCAUCCCAGAUGAUAACCUCUGCCCCUUCCAGUGCCCGAGGCUCUCCCUCUCUGCCAGAUAAGUACCGCCACGCCCGGGAAAUGAUGUUGCUGCUGCCCACACACCGGGACCGCCCGAGCAGUGCUAUGUAUCCAGCAGCCAUCCUGGAGAAUGGACAGCUGCCAAAUUUCCAGCGGGCCCUGUUCCAGCAAGUGGUCGGAGCCUGCAAACCCUGCAGUGACCCCAAUCUGUCUUUGGCUGAAAAAGCGGUGCCAGCAGCCCCCAGCAGCUGGAGCCUGGAUAGCGGAGCCCGAGAGGCCCAGCCCUUCCUGUCUGCCCACAUGGGGCACAUCCUGGCCCCCCCAGUGCCUCCCCGAAGCCUGCUGCAUGGUCAUUACUCCCUACACUUUGACGCCUUCCACCACCCUCUGGGUGACACCCCCCCGGCCCUCCCUGCCCGGACCCUGCGCAAGUCUCCUCUGCACCCUAUCCCGGCCUCCCCCACCAGCCCCCAGUCAGGCCUGGACGGCAGCAACUCUACGCUGUCCGGCAGUGCCAGCAGCGGUGUGUCCUCCUUGAGCGAGAGUAACUUUGGGCACUCCUCAGAGGCUCCACCUCGAACCGACACCAUGGACUCCAUGCCGAGCCAGGCCUGGAAUGCUGAUGAAGAUCUUGAGCCACCCUACCUCCCUGUCCACUACAGCCUCUCCGAGUCUGCCGUCCUGGACUCCAUCAAGGCCCAGCCAUGCCGAAGCCACUCAGCCCCGGGAUGUGUCAUCCCUCAGGACCCCAUGGACCCGCCUGCGCUGCCACCCAAGCCCUAUCACUCCCGCCUGCCAGCCCUGGAGCACGACGAGGGUGUGCUGCUGCGUGAAGAGGCCGACAGGCCUCGGGGCCUGCACCGCAAGGCCUCACUGCCUCCUGGGAGCACCAAGGAAGAGCAGGCCCGCAUGGCCUGGGAGCAUGGCCGAGGGGAACAGUGAGGGGCAGGGAGGCGGCUGGGACGCCGCCCUCAGUGAGCAGCUGGCCCAACCAUUCCAGGUCUACAAAGCAGGUCCCCCCAGGAAGCCAGAGAGGCCUGGCACUCAGGAGAGAACCACGCUAGUCUACGUUCUACUGCCGUGAACUUGUGUGUUGCCAUGUACAGAGGCCGCAGCAGCAUGAGGGUUGUGGCUUCUCUUUUCAUUUUGUUUCUACGUUUCCAUUUCUAUGGGUUUUCCUUUCUUUUCCUUUGUGCAGUAGAUGCUUCCUUCCUCCUCAGUUCCAGACCACGUGGAGCUAUAUGGAGAUAUUGCACAGACAGACUUGCUUUGCAGCUUUGCAGAGUCUGGGGUAGGAGCCCAGGCCCUCCCUCCAGGGUAGAGAUGCACAGAAGAAUGGAAAUUGCACUAGGGACCUCUUCUUUUGCUGUGUGGACAGAAGAGCUCAUGGUUGUAUUCAGGGAUUGUGUGGACCACGUGGACUACAUGUCACAGGUGGACAAGGGGACUACAAGCCGUUUUGCACAAAUGCCUGCCCACCUGCCUCCUUCCAUCCAGGAGUAUGCAACUGAGGGGCUGGCUGGGCGAACCUGCCAGCUCAGGCAUGUGACCUGGCCUAACUGCAUGCCCAGGGCACACUGCCAGGCUUCUACUCGCCAGUCUUGCCCUCCAGCUGUCUUGGAUUUCUCCCUCCAUCGCUUUUAUUUCUGCCCAUUUGCUCCCUUCCACUCUCAAUACACCUCAUGCCCUACGGGAACCCCCUUGGCAAAUGGAUCUGCAGAGGUUAUUUCCCACCCUCUGGGGCUUGAGUGGGCAUGUGGAACCAGAGGGACUACCCCAGCCACCUUCCUCCCAGGGCCCAGGAGCCCAUGUGUUGAGACAAGCUGGUAUAGGAGUGAGGCUGAUGUGUGGCAGGGGCCGGAAAUCCUGAGGUUUCAGAAGUGGCCAGAAAGCCUGUCAUCCAGCUCCUGAAUCAGGGAUUUUCAGCACUACCUCUGAGCAGUGGGGUUGGCUGCCCAGCCAGGAUGCCAAGCCCUGAGGACUCAUGGUCAGGUUCACCAAGCUCCUGGGUAAGCAGGGUGGGAAGGAGCGUCUCCUAUGGGAAGCAGAGAGCCACACAGGUAGAAUUAUCUUCUUCCGAGUGGCCAAGUGCUGGGCCCCUGCUACGGGCCGUGGGACCAGACCACUCAGGGUUCAGGGCGGACAGGAGGGCAGUUUCUCCAGCCUCCCCCAUCUGUUGGGCAGAGCGCAGAGGAAUCUUUUUAGGAAACUUUCAGGUCAGGGCACUGAUUUUCCUCUUGGUUUAUUAUUUGGGGGGACAGGGUGGGGACGUAAUAGUAUUUUACCAGGGUGCUUCUAAGUUACUUUUUUUAAAGUCUGUAGACUUUUUCUUUCUUUUGCUUGAGGUCACAACUUUGACGGUCACAAGGCUGCCUUCUCGCUGAGCAGGUGUGUUCUCCCCUACUCUUCUGCUGGCCUGUCUGACCUCCAUGGUCGGGCCGAGCCCACCCCCCAUCCUUUCCCCCAUAGCCCUCUUUCCAGACAAGACCAUGGGCAGGGUGUUUUUCUUUUGUAAAGAAACACCCAGCUGUUUGACAGGAAUGCCAGCAAGUAACCUAUUAGGAAAGACAGAGGACCACAUCACCUUCGGGCAUCUGGGGGUUCUCACCAGUGUGGGUCCUUUCCGAUACGGUGGGGACGACGCUGGGCAGAGGGUCAGUCAUGGCAGCCCUGACCGCGCAGGGCAGGCCUGGACCACUGGUGUUCACAAGUGUUAGAGGGGUAGGGGCUAGCUUUCUAUUUGAUUCUUAGGUAGGAGGGUAUCUUUAGGUUUUAGGGCACUUCUGAACCUCAAUCCCUGGACAAGGCAGUCAUCACAUAAGAACAUCUACCUUCUCACCUGGCAGCACGGGAGGGUAAGGAGGGUAGUGUGGCUUCACUUGGCCUUCCUUGAUGCAAGGUGAGCCAGGUUGGUUUUGCUCAUAUUUUCCCUACUGGGUGAAAAGAGCAGAUUCCAAAUCCCUUUGUUGGAGAAUCAGCCAGUUUGAGGGGAAGUGGGAGGCCAGAAAUGAGAAUCCUCUGAAAAGAUUGUGAAAUACUGAUUUUCAUUCUUUCAAGCUUAUUUGUAAAUACCUAUUUGAAUGCUGUGUAUUUGUACAGGAAUUUGAGCAAAAAAUGUAUAGAGUGUGAUGUCCAAUUGGUAUUCAGCCCUAUAAAUGUGUUUUUAACCUCUAGCAUUUCUGUGCUUAUUUAAAAUAACUUCUAACCAUUUCUUUUGUGUAUUUAUGUUUAAAAAGUGGUUUAAAAAUGAUCUUACCUGUACCAGAGAGCAGUUAAAAGAAUUUGUACUAGUCGUGUCCCAAGAGGUACUUUACUGUAUAUAUUGUGGUAGCAUGUUCUAAAUCCAAGUAAUGUGAAUUUUAGAUGUAAAUAUCUGCCAUUUGAUUUUCCCCCUUUCCCCACUCUGAUUGCUGUGAUGUGAAUUAAAGAUGAAUACCUGAUA